AUGGCCGAUUUUUUGGUCGGAGCUGUUGCUUAUCCACUGGCCUAUUUUUGUACUAGCUUAGGUUGUAACUUCAAAUUGUACACACCAUUUUUCUGGUUCUUCGUGCACUCUUCGGUAACGAAUCUUUGCGCAUUGACGUGGAAUCGUUACUCCUACAUCGUAUACCCUUUCAGCUACAAAACCUCCGUGACUGAGAAACGCACAAAAACGGUUAUCUUGUCGGCAUGGUUGAUCCCCUUCGCGAUUUUUUUGACUCUUUUGGUGGGUUUAUACAUUGCGAAGUCGAACACCGCGCUAAUAGUUCUUCGAUUGACAGGUGUUUCGGCAUUCGAUUUAAUAUCAGGUGCGUUGCUUUUAUACGCAGUUGUUCGUAUAUUCAGAGUCGCACGUAUGCAGGCUUACAGGGAAUUCUCUGUCAAGUUACAAGUGCAGUCUACCCUAACAUUUUGUGAAGAAACAAGUAUUCGCAAACAUCAGAAGCAGAACAAAGCGCACUUCGUGAUUGCCAUCGUUAUUUUAUUCUUCCUCUGCCACUUAGCUGUAAAUGGUAUGAUUUUGUGGGUUAUGUUCUCUACUCGUGUCGUACAUGAGGCUGCACAAGGAGUCCAGCUUCUGCUAAUUAUAAACUCGGCGGUAAAUCCUUUCGUUUACGCGUUUUUAAAGAGUGACAUCAGGAUUGAGAUAACAAAGCUGAUCACUAAUCAUAGGUCCGCACAAUUCCUUUCCAGUCUUUCUAGGACCUCUAGUUCGCCUGCGCAUGCGUAA